AUGGGAGCCCAAUCUGAGGAAACACAAAAGUCUUGCUCCAGAACCCAGACCCUGUUUAAGAGAGUCAAGGUCUUACUCACCAAAGCCCCUUCCCCAUCUUCCCCUCCAGCCCCUCCCCGGAACCCAGGCUGUACACAUGUGUAUGGGUAUGUGUUUGGGCACGUGCGAGAGAGUGAGCUAGAAUACCUCCCAUCACAACAGGUGCUGGAUACUGGAGAACAACUGAUGGUCCCUGUGGAUGUCCUGGAAGUUGAUAAUGCAGGAACCCUGUGGAAGUUUCUGCUCUCAGGAGCCAUGGCUGGGGCAGUGUCUCGCACUGGCACAGCCCCACUGGAUCGUGCCAAGGUGUAUAUGCAGGUAUACUCCUCCAAGACUAACUUCAUGAACCUGCUGGGUGGGCUCCGGAGCAUGAUCCAGGAAGGGGGCUUCCGCUCGCUCUGGCGUGGCAACGGUAUCAAUGUUCUCAAGAUUGCCCCUGAAUACGCAAUCAAGUUCUCUGUCUUCGAACAGUGUAAGAAUUAUUUCUGUGGAGUGCAUGGGUCCCCACCCUUUCAGGAACGUCUCCUUGCCGGCUCCCUGGCUGUAGCCACCUCCCAGACACUCAUCAACCCAAUGGAGGUGCUAAAGACAAGGCUGACCCUGCGUCGUACUGGCCAGUACACUGGGCUGCUGGACUGUGCGAGGCAGAUCCUACAACGGGAAGGCACCCGAGCCCUUUACCGUGGUUACUUGCCCAACAUGCUGGGCAUCAUCCCCUAUGCCUGUACUGACCUGGCUGUCUACGAGAUGCUCAGGUACUUCUGGCUGAAGUCAGGCAGGGACAUGGAGGACCCAAGCGGACUGGUCAGUUUGUCAUCUGUGACACUGUCCACAACCUGUGGCCAGAUGGCCAGUUACCCUCUGACUCUGGUACGCACCAGGAUGCAGGCCCAAGACACUGCUGAGGGCUCAAACCCCACCAUGAGCGGAGUGUUCCGGCGCAUCCUGGCCCAGCAAGGCUGGCCGGGGCUGUACCGAGGCAUGACUCCCACAUUGCUGAAGGUGUUGCCAGCAGGUGGUAUCAGCUACGUGGUGUAUGAAGCCAUGAAGAAAACCUUGGGCGUAUAG